UCGAAUAGACGUUGGUGCGUUUGGUCUUAGCCCGGCAAAGAUGCCAUAGCCCCAGGGCCACUGAAAACCAAUAUAUAUAUCAAUAAAUCAAUACGACAUACGAGUAAAGUGAAUAUAAUCGAAACCCCAACCCAAAUCGAAUACGAAUAUGGCGCAAAAUACCCGCAACUCCGAUUUAUCGCAGAUAGCGGUCAAUGCCAACAAUAUACCCGAUGAUAGUGUAGAUUGCGGCAUCAAGGGCCUGGGCUGGUGCCGUGGACCAGGAUGCCAGAAGUUCGCCCGCUUGCGUACAUUUGUCCUGGUUUUGGCCAUUUCCGGUACCUUCCAGGCGUGUGAGUCCUACUUCCGGGUUUCGGCCAAACAGGCAGCACUCGAAUUCGGAUACAGUACAUUGCUAGUCGACUGGCUGCUGGUGACCAGUGGUCUCGUCCAGGCUGUCUUUGCCCUGGCCUUUGCCUACUGGGCGGAUGUCUAUCAUCCCAUCAAAUGGCUGGUUGGAACUCUGAUGCUGCAGGCAGUCACCUGCGUGGUGGCCGUGAUUCCCUCCAUUAUGAACUUUGCAGAGGGUGCCAAACCCAAGGAUGCCCUGCUGGAUGCCAAUUUGUGUGCCACCUCGCUGGCCCAGUUCCAGAAGCUAACGCUAACCGAGGCCCAGAGCAGCACCCUCACCCUGGCCAUGCUCUUUGUACUGCAGCUGGCUCUGGGCAUGGGUAGUCUGGCUUAUUAUACGCUGGGCGUGAGCUACAUCGAUGACAACUCUCUGUCACAGGACAGUCCGGCGGUGAUAGCAGCCGCUCUGGCUGCCCGCGUUUUUGGCCAGCAAAUGGGCUCGCUCUUGGUCCUGGGAGUCGGCUUGACCCAUGUGGGCUGGUGGCUUGGCUGGGUGAUCAUAGCUCCCUUUAUAUUCGUGGGAGCCGUGAUCCUGGGAUUGUUCCCCAAGCGACUGCCCAAGACGGUGAUCCAUCAGGCCGCCCAGCGGAUCAUGGAACAGUCCAAUAUGCGAGCCUUUGGCAGUCAGUUUUCCACCUACUUGGAUGACUCUGAUUUCUGGCCAUCGCUUAAGCGGUUGUUCAACAAUCGCCUGCUCAUGUUCAACCUGCUGAGCAUUAUGUGUGUGCAAAGUGCGGUGGUUAACUUUGGCAUCCAGGAGGAGAGUUAUCUGCAGAGUCGCUUCUUCCUGCCCUACAACGAGCAAGAUGGCCUCACCGAGGAGUGGACCUCGGCAUUUGUAUCCUACUUCCUCAAGCCACCAGUUAUGGCUGUUGGAAUGCUUAUCAGCGGACUGAUUAUCUCCAAGGCAAGGCUUUCCGCUCGAACCAUUACUGGAAUUAAUAUCGGCUUGAGUUUGCAUUUGGUGGCCAUAUUCGUGGGCUUGGUCUUUGUCAAGUGCGAUGUUGGUGCCAUCGCUGGCAUUGUGGGAGGCAAGCUGAGCCAACCCUAUUGCUCCAGCCAGUGCCUGUGCACGCCCACCGCCUUCAUGCCGGUCUGUCCGGAAAAUGGCUCGGUUACUUACUUCUCGCCCUGCUAUGCCGGCUGCUCCAAACAGACCUCGAUCAACAGCUUCCAGUUGUUCGAGGGAUGCAGCUGCAGCGGGGAUCAGACUAUGAACUCCACUGGACAGAUGAGGGCAACCGCUGGAGCAUGUAGUGCCGACAGCUGCCAGUCGGCCAUUAUCAUCUUCCAGAUUAUGAGUAUCUCGGUGGCCUUCCUUAUGGGCAUUGGAGCCAUUGGCAAGACGUUGAUUACAUUGAGAGCUGUCCUGCCACAGGACAAGACCUUGGCCUUGGCAUUUGAGCUUAAUGUGGGACUUUUCGCCUAUGUUCCAGUACAUCUAAGCUACGACCUGGUGACACGUUCCACUUGUGUCUACUGGGCUCCCAACUAUGAGCGUUGCCUGCUGCGGGAGACGCCCAAGCAUGGCAACAUAAUAGAUAUCCUAACCGCCUCGCUUAUACUGGCCAGCAUCUUCUUCGACAUCUUUGUCUAUGUCUUUGCCAAGGGCUUGAACUUGUACAACUGCAAGGUGACGGAUAACAACUACACCCCCAGUCUGUAUGCGCCAAUUCCGCACGAGGACACAACAACAGUUUCGGGAACUGCUCCCCGAGGCGGUAGUCCUGUUACUACCACGACCACAUCUUUGGCGCAGGCCUCGCCUAUGCAACGACGGGAUGCUCCCCAGGUGUCGGAAGACCAUCAAGGAACAAUAUCGGUUUUCAGGAACCCCAGCUCGGUGACCACCUCGUCGGGCGGAGCUCAGAGCAUUGUGGAGCCGAGCAGUGGUGUUACCUACGCACAGGUUGUGUUCCCACCAGACAGACGCAAGCCGGACGAUGGCAGCACCAGUCCCAAACGAUUGGCAGUGCCUGCCAAUGUCCCCCUGCAUCUCCUUUCCGAGUCGGACGUUCGCAGCCAGUUGGGAAAUCUGAAGUCCUUCAACGCUCCCAAGCAGGAGGCAGACCGAGGUCAGGAUACCGUUGACACCGAUCACGACGAUCAUGUGGUGGUCACCCAGCCACAAGUUCAACCACAAGUUCCGCCGCAGGCAUAUGUGCUGCCACAGACUCACCAUCAGGAAGUAGCUCCUAUAAGCUCGGAUCUUCCAAGACCAGCAGAAACCCAGCACCAAAGGCUGUCGGAUGACACCAGGCCACAAAGCCCAGAAACGGAUUUCUGAGGAGGCCACAAAAAGUAUUCUAAAGAGUUAUACAUAGAGUUAAAAUAGAUUCCUAAGCUUAAGCCAGAUUCAAUGUGUAAAGAUAAAUCAUUUGAACAAAUAAAGUUAUUUUUCAUUCCAU